UCGUUCCUUUACGUCGAGUUAUGAAAAGAAUUUUGAAACGUACUUGAGGACGGUCGUGACUUUUUGUAUACUUUAAAUCAUUUAGAAAAACGUAAAAAUUUGAAAAAUCGCAUAAAAGUGAUAAGAAAACAACGGAGCAAAUUUUUCGAUUACAAAUCACUGAAAAAAAAAUUACUUCACAACUAAAUUUGUAUAGAGAGAAACAAGACAAAGUAAGGUAAAGUGAAGCACUAAGGCAAAUCACAGCGAUAGAUAUCGUUGUACAAUACAAAAGAAGGGAAAGUGAGUAGUAAUUUAAUUGAGAAGAAAAAAUAAUACAAAAUGACAUCGCUGGAACCGAACGUGAAUCGCCUGCAGAACUUUAAAAAUAAGGGCAAGGAUCAAGAUGAGAUGCGCCGUCGCAGAAAUGAAGUUACAGUGGAGCUGCGCAAAAACAAACGUGAAGAGACGAUCCUGAAGCGUCGCAAUGUCCCCAAUAUGGAUUCGAAUACAGAUGAGGAUGACCAGCUGCCGAAUACAAUCAACCUGAAGAAACUGGCCGAGGCGGCUGCUGAUUCAUCGAAACCGGAACAACAAUUGGCUGCAGUGCAGGCUGCACGUAAGCUGCUCUCCUCGGAUAAGAAUCCACCAAUCAACGACCUCAUAAAGAGUGACAUUCUGCCAAUUUUGGUAGAUUGUCUAAAACAACAUGAUCACACAAUGCUACAGUUUGAAGCCGCCUGGGCAUUGACCAACAUUGCAUCGGGAACUUCAGAUCAAACCAAUCAGGUCGUCGCUGCCGGCGCAGUGCCGCUCUUCCUGCAGUUGCUCUCUUCGCCCGCACCCAAUGUUUGCGAGCAGGCAGUUUGGGCUUUGGGUAACAUCAUCGGCGACGGACCGGAGUUGCGUGAUUACGUCAUCAAACAUGGCGUUGUGCAGCCGCUGCUAUCGUUCAUUAAGCCCGACAUACCAAUUUCAUUUUUGCGCAAUGUCACAUGGGUAAUUGUGAAUUUAUGCCGUAAUAAGGAUCCACCACCACCAGCCGCCACCAUACACGACAUCCUGCCCGCACUCAAUGUGCUCAUCCAUCAUACGGAUACCAAUAUAUUGGUUGAUACUGUUUGGGCCAUCAGUUACCUAACCGAUGGUGGUAAUGAUCAAAUUCAAAUGGUGAUUGAAAGUGGUGUCGUACCCAAGCUGAUACCAUUGCUAGGACAUGCUGAAGUUAAGGUGCAAACGGCAGCUUUGCGUGCUGUCGGUAACAUUGUAACUGGCUCGGAUGAGCAAACACAGGUGGUGCUCAACUACGACGCGUUGUCGUAUUUCCCAGCAUUGUUGUCGCACCAAAAGGAGAAAAUCCGCAAGGAGGCUGUCUGGUUCCUCUCCAACAUUACGGCCGGUAAUCAGUCGCAAGUGCAGGCGGUCAUCAAUGUCGGUUUGCUGCCGAAAAUCAUUGAGAAUUUAAGUAAAGGUGAAUUCCAGACACAGAAGGAGGCCGCCUGGGCAAUCAGUAAUCUGACUAUUAGCGGUAAUCGCGAUCAGGUGUUCACAUUAAUCAAGGAGGGGGUCAUACCGCCCUUCUGUGAUUUGCUCUCCUGCCAGGACACACAAGUUAUCAAUGUUGUGCUUGACGGACUCAACAAUAUGCUCAAAAUGGCUGAUAAUCACGUACAGGAGGUUGCUAAUUUAAUUGAGGAAUGUGAUGGCUUGGAGAAAAUUGAAAAGCUACAAAAUCACGAAAAUGUUGAGAUUUACAAGCUGGCAUACGAAAUCAUUGAGCAAUAUUUCUCCGAUGAGCCGGAACAAGCCAGCCUCGCCCCCACCAACGAUGGCACCCAAUUCCAAUUUGAUCCGAACGCUGAUAGCAAAUUACCAAUGAAUUCUUUUAACUUUUUGAAUUAGCACGGCUGCUGUAGAAAUAACAUACGUUUAACCGUAAAGCUACUACCACCAACACGACCGCGACUAGCACCUAAACAACCACCACCACCAAUUACAAAAACAACUACAACACAACAUACUGUAGAGCCAUCAAGCGCCAGCCAAUUGACGUAUCAAAUAUUGAAAACGACAACACCGGCAGCAACGGCCAAGUGUUGAACUGACUGACUGACAGCAAAGAUAAAUUUGCAUAACAAAAAAAAAAUAUGGAGAAAAUAAAAAAAAAAAAUAUACACCGACAACAAAACAGGAAUAGUAGAAAAGAAAAUCAACAGUAACAGCAGCAAGAGGAAUAUUAAGGAAAUGCAACGCAAGAGGCGACAACGACAAAACAUCUUGAUAACUGCACUGCAUAUUUUGUUGUUAGCUAACAUCACACAAAUACAACCAUUUUUAUAGGAUCUGCAGCAGUGAUCAGUGAGAAUGAGUUACUCAUAUGAAAAGAGAAAGCGGCAUCAACAACAAUAGCAGCCAUCGCCAAGUUCGCCUGUCCAAGUUGAUUAUAAUUAUAAUAUUAAAUGAAACAAAAUUAUAUUCAUAUAUAUAUAUAUAUAUAUAUGUAUAUGCCUAUAUAUACAUGGAAUUUUUUGAGUUUAAGAUUGUAGAGAGAAACGAAAUGAAGCAAAUCAACAAAACAGUCUACUGUCGCAUCAACAACAUCAUCAACCUUUUUUUAUCACACAUAAACCCCCACCAACUUCAUUAUCAUGACCACAAAAUCAAAAAAUAAGGUUAAAAAAAAACCAACAAGUGUUAAAUCAUCUGAUAUUCAUAAUCAGCGUUAGUGGGCGUGAUGGAGUUGAUGUGUACUAGUGUAGGGAUAAAACUCACUUGUAAGACAAGUGAAAUUAUUUAAUAAGCACCAAAUAGGUUUCACGAUUUAAUUUGGUAUUUUAGAUUUCAUGUAGACUUUGAGUUUUCUUUUUUCCAAAAACUGCAAACUAAAAUUUAUUAACUUUUUAUUAGCGCUUGACUAACGAGGUUUUCUUUUCUUGAAUAGCCCAAGCAGAAAAAUUUCCUUUACUAUAAAAUUUUAGUGAAAAAUUCAUUGAAAUUAAGUUGUGAAAUAAUAAAGACUGGCCUUGAAAAUUCGAGAACUAA